AUGGCUUCCACCUCUACAGAGAACGGUCCAGAAAAGGCGUCUGCCACUGCGACUAUAGCUCUCAAUGAACCGCCAGCACCAGCACCAGCACCAUCACAUCCAGCCAAAGAAGGCGGACUCCGUGGCUGGCUACAGGUUCUCAGCACCCUCUUCAUUCUAUUCAACAUUUGGGGGCUAGCCUUCGCCUUCGGCUCCUUCCAGAGCUUCUAUGUGCUCGACUUCCUCCCCUCAACAUCAACAUCCGCGAUAUCAUGGACGGGAACCAUCCAGUCCUGGCUUCUCAUAAUGGGCGGUCUUGUCUCAGGCCCGCUUUUCGAUCUUGGGUACUACGUCCACCUCAUAAGCAUCGGCUCCUUCCUGUCUGUCUUUGGGAUUAUGAUGCUCUCGCUAGCUACGAAAUAUUACCAGAUCCUGCUGUCGCAGGGAAUCUGCGCUGGACUCGGGUUUGGACUACUCUAUAUCCCUAGUCUGACGAUUGUUAGCCGGACCUUUGUGCGGAAACGCGCAUUGGCAUUGGGAAUCGCGACGGCGGGUGCGCCCGCGGGGGGCGUGAUUUAUACGCUCAUGUUUGAGCAGCUGCUGCCGCGCGCGGGUUUCGCGUGGACAGUGAGGAUAAUCGGGUUUGUGAUGCUGGGACUGUUCAUCGCCGCAGGAGUCAUGGUCUCGUUCACUGCGGACACAGCGAAACCCAGCCAGGCUCGGAGACCGGCAGUUGGAAAACGGCAGCUGUUCGAUACGGCAGCCCUGAAAGACCUCCCUUUUUGGUCCUAUACGCUCGCAAACUUCUUCCUCUAUCUCGGCUACAUGUCCCCAUUCUACUACAUCCCGAUCUAUGCGGAGACCAAGCUACAUACCUCGCGGUCAAUGGGGCUCUACAUUCUGAUCAUCUCUCAAGCAUCUUCUAUAAUUGGACGCGUAGUUACAACAGCCGUCGCGCAUUACUUUGGCGCGAUGGUGCCUUGGAUUAUCACUGGUAUUGCUAGCGGCGUGCUCUGUAUGGCCUGGAUCAGUGCAACGACCCUGGCACGCUUUAUCCUUUUUGCUGCUUUCUACGGUAUACUUCUCCCCGAGCCCUAG